GUUGAAAUGCAAGGCCAGCAGUAUUACUUUUGCACAGGACAAAGUUGAGAGAAUCCUGGAGGAGCUACAGUCCUUAAGGCAUAUCAUCAAGGAUAUCAUGGAGCUGCAAAAUGAGCACAAAGAAACAGAAGAUCUAUGCAAAAAAAUUAUGAAUGUGGCAUACAAAGCCGAACAUGCUGUCAACUCAUGUUUAGUUUCGGAAAAUCCUAUCUGGUAUGACAUGGUAUGCCUUUCCCAUAUCAUAGAAGAAAAGAAGUGAUUAAGCCUGAGAUCCAGGAGAUCACUGAUCAGCAAAUGUACAAGACCAGGUUGCCAGGUUUUCAAAAUGAUUCUACUCUUAUCCUUCCUGGAGAGGCUAAUACCUCAAGAAUCGAGGAAGUUGUUGUCGGUUUCAAGGAUGAGUCAGAAGCAAUAAUUGAUCGACUUAUAAGAGGAUCAAAACAUCUUGAUAUCGUCUCAAUUGUUGGCAUGCCAGGUCAAGGUAAGACAACUUUAGCAAAAAAAGUCUAUAAUGAUCCAUCUGUCAAAUAUUACUUCAAUAGAUGUGCUUGGUGUUUUGUUUCCCAAAUGUAUAACACUAAAGAGCUAUUGCUUGACAUCUUAAGCGAUCUUAAUGGUCUUGAUGUCCGAGUCUCUAAACCAACAGCAAGAGAAGAAGAUCUAGCUGAGUGGCUCUAGAAAUGUUUAAAGGGACGAAGAUUCCUCAUUGUUAUGGAUGAUAUUUGGGACAUUGGAGCUUGGGAUAGCAUAAAAAGAUCACUUCCGGAUGAUGACAAUGGAAGCAGAGUUAUGUUCACUAGUCGAAUUCCUAACUUGGUUCUGCAAGCUAAACUAAAUAGUAGUCCUUGUCCUCUUUCUCCACUCUCCGAUGAAGAAAGCUGGGAGCUAUUACAAGAGAAGCUAUUCAAUAACAAUGGCUGCCCCUCGGAUUUAUUAGAGGUCGGACAGAAGAUUGCAAAGAACUGCAAAGGCCUACCUCUAGCUGUUGUUUUGGUUGCAGGUAUCCUUGCAAGAGAAAAUAACGAUCUUGAAUGGUGGAACCAAGUCCAAGAAAGUAUAGGUUCACACAUUGCUAGUGAAGGUUGCAUGGACAUACUGGAAUUAAGCUACAAACAUUUACCGCAUCGUUUAAGACCAUGCUUUCUUUAUUUUGGAGCUUUUCCGGAGGCUAAAAUCAUUAGAGUUCAGAAAUUGAUGAAGCUGUGGAUCGCGGAAGGAUUCAUAAAAAGCGAUGAGGUAAAGAGCUCAAAUGAUGUGGCAGGGGAGUACUUGAUGGACCUAAUUGAUCGAAGCCUAGUAACUACUGCAGCUACAAGUUCCAAAGGAGAAAUAAAAGCUUGUCGUAUUCAUGAUCUACUUCACGAUUUCUGCUUGGCAAAAGCUAAAGAAGAAAAUUUUUUUCAGUGGGUACAUGGACAUGAUGUUUCCUAUCAUUCUCCGAUUCCCAAAGUUUAUGAUGAAUAUCGCUUGUGCAUCAGUAGUGAAUGGGAACAAUUCAUUCAUUCAAGACCUGCAGGUCCUGGUGUCCACUCUUUACUGGUGUCUGGUAUUCAUGUAGAAAGGUGCCAGCAUUCAAAGAUGACAUCCUUUUUCUUGGGUUUUAAAUUUCUUUACGUGUUGGAUUUGGAGUGCAUAUAUGUUGAUGAUUUUUCCCUGAAGAAAUAAUAUUGAUGAUUCAUUUGAGAUACUUAGCAAUAUGGUGUUGCACCAACUAUAUUCCAUCAUCAAUUGAAACAUUAUGGAAUCUGGAAACUUUGAUUGUUAAAGGUGCAAGGAUCUAUAGCAUUCCUCUGCCAGAUACCAUUUGGGAGAUGAAAAGUUUAAGGCAUGUAGAUAUUCCUACUAUGUCUUUCAGAGACUAUGAGAAUGAUGAGUCCUGUCAAUUGCAGAAUGUAGAGACUUUUGCAACACCAACUCUUACUUCAGGGAAAGACACAGAGGAGCUACUGAGAAGACUACCAAGACUUAGAAAGCUUAAGUGCAACUUUUUUGAAAUACAAUUGGAUUCUGAAGAUCCCAUUGGGUUUCCUGCAUUGGGCUGUUUAAGUCAACUAGAGUCCCUAAAUGUUUGUAACUGUGGGGAUAUGCUUAUUGGUGAAAAUGAUGACCAGUUUCCAUCUUUUAGUUUUCCAAACACUCUUCGAAAGCUGACUCUAGAAAACUUUUGCCUUACAAGGGAUGCAAUAUCAGCAAUAGGGCAGCUACCAAAUCUUGAGGUUCUCAAACUACGGAAAUCUGCCUUUUUGGACCUAAAAUGGGAUAUGGAAGAUGGGGAAUUCAUAAAGCUCAAGUUCUUACAAUUAUUGGAAGUGCAGAUUGAAAAGUGGAAUGCCUGCAGUGAGCCCUUUCCCAGCCUACAACGACUUGUUCUGAUAAAUUGUAAAGGCCUUGAGGAGAUUCUAUCGAUUUUUGGAGACAUACCUACCUUGAGGAUAAUGCGGGUGUACUGGUGCCACAAGGCCACUAGUUCAGCCCAGCAAAUUUUUGAAGAACAGCAGGACAUGGGAAAUGAUGGCUUUGAAGUUUAUAUCUUAGAUGACUAGAGUCUUUAAAUGGAGAAAGUAUUACCAUCGGCUUGCAUCUGACAUCCUAUCACAGUAACGGUGACCAAAUAGUCAGGUACAUUGGCUGCAAUCUUCACAAUUUUUGGACAUGGUGUACUUCCAGAUGUUGAGAUAAUAAGCAUAUCUGGAGACCAAGGGAAGUUCUAUGAAGGAAACAGUACAGCACAUGUAUGCAACCUUGGUAGGAGUAGAUCAAAGGCACCAACAAUCCAAUAUGUUUUGGCAAAUGUAAGGGCAAGAAAGAGGUGCUCAAUCCAUGAGAAUGUCAUGUUUGAGUAACAUAGAUGCUGUUUUGUUCAAUUCUUGAACUUCACUGAUAUCUAGUCAUUUGUGUGAAAGUUUGAUAUAUAUCUACAUCUUGCAAAGAGUUUGAGACAAA